AUGCGGCAACUGCUGUUGUCCUCGAUACUGUGGGUUACAGGUCUUGCAAUGAUCAAACCCGAUCUAUACGUAUGGCUGGAACAGAAUAGCUAUAUAUGUGACCAAUCAUUUUUUGGAAAUGGGCCACGGUUUUUGACACCGGACGAAUCGAAGCAGUUCAGUUGUGAUUGCGGUGACCCAUUAGUCAGUCGUUCAGCUUGUUCUCGGAAAGCUGAUGAUUUACCUACUUGUACUGCGAUUCCCGACCUGUGCAUGAAGGAGUACAUUAUUUUGUUUACCGAGACGGGCGAUCGGCUUUCACUGGUUGCUCUCAGUUGCGGAAAGCUUUUCGGAAUCCGACACAGCAGCUUUUCAGAACCACUCACUACCAGGGCCUCUACAACUGAAGAAACAACGACGACGACAACUACUGAAGCGACAACUACAGAAGCACCGUCAACGACUGUUACAACGACAACCUCCCGACGGCAGUCGAUUUCGUUCAGGCCAAUUCAGCAGCGACAAGCAAGGACGCGACAUCCAGUGGCGAGGGAGUUCCUGUUCAGAAGCAGAUCGUCCACACGAUCUGCGACGACGUCGUCACCCAAAAGACAGAACACAUUCGCUUUACAGAAUCGAUUCCCGCUCCGACCACCUACUCGAAGUCGUGAACGUGCUCGUCCAUUGCCGAGACUUAUUCCAUCGUCCCGAUUCCGCUCGACGUUCAGAGAUCGCUUCCAACCGUUCAGAAGGCGUCCGUCAACGGCGACGUUCAUAAGGACUACCAGGUCCACGACCACAGUAACCACGCCUCCACCAGAAACCACUCCCACCAGCAUUAUGGCUACUACUACUACCGCAGAAACCACAACUACCACGGAGGCGCCAACGACGACAACCACGCCCACUACUACCACUACCACAACAACCACUGCUACUACCACUGCACCUACAACAACAACAUCAACAACAACGACAACGACUACAGUACCGCCCACUACUACCACCCAGAGCACCACAACGACAAGUAUAACCACUCCUCAACCUACCACUACAACUCCUAAACCAACUACUACAGCUCCUAUACCGACUACAACAGCUCCUCAACCGACUACGACAGCUCCUCAGCCGACUAUGGCAUCUGCUCAUCCAACUAUGACCACUCCCAAACCUAUUAUUACAACUCCCAUGGCGGUUACUGCUACUCCUAAACCGAUACUCAUGACUUCAUUGCCAGCUACUACUAAUCCUGCAGUAGUCACUACAAAAAGACCCCUCGCAGUGAAACCAAUAGUACCAUCUCCUGCUCCCCAAAAACCACCGUCCACCAUAAUGGAUGCCAUUAAACUGACCAACACUGAGAUGCUGCUAGCAGAACUGACUAAUAGGAUCCUAGCCCUCGGUAACAAAGAGCCAGAACAUCCAUUGAUGGAUCUGAAAGAAUUUCUCGUGGCCAAAGGAAGGCUUCACAGAGAACCCGAUCUAAGGGCUGAACCAACGACGGCAAUUCCAUUCACGACAACGACGACGACGACGAUGAGGCCUGUGACCACGGCAACGAUGGCCACUACGACUUCGACGACAUCCAAAUCAACGACGGUCAAGAGGGAAGCGACAUGGACAAGUAUGCCGGCAGAUGAAGAAAUCGAACCGGUGCCAGAAGAACUGCACCCGAAGGAAAUCCCCGUUGUGAAACCACAAAGGAUUUGGGGAACCGUAAGGAAGACUGUGCUCAAACCAGAACAAUUUCUUUUAUCGACAGUGAAGCGUGAAGAGAAUGGUGUCAGUCAGGGAGCCAGCAAGGGUACUGUGAAGGAGGUACCGCACCAAAUCGUACCGCACCAAGAAAAGUUGAAUAUGUCACAAACGGUUGGUAUGGAGGAGAAGCCCAAAGUAACAGCACAACCAACAGUUUUCAGUGAUCCAGUGGUAGCGGUUCAUUCAGAUCUGAUUAUAAGGAAAUCGGCAGAAUCACCCAGUCAAAGCACACCCACAGUCAUGGUUUCCCCCAAAAUCACACCCACAAUCAUAGAUCCCCACCUAAACACACCCACAGUCAUGAUUCCCCAGCAACAGGACAGUGUCAAGGAAUCAAGCGUGACUUUACGAUCUCACGAAGAAGCCAUAGAAUAUCUGAAGUCAAAAAUCGAAGCCCUCGAGAGGAGGCUGAUGGGCAGGAUGGUCCAAGAUGUUUCCGCUUUGAAGAAGGACCACCCACAAGGGAACGAUUUUGUCGCUACUGAUGACCAGGUGGCUAAUAUUCGGCGACAGUCACGGAUCGACGCGGAACACCGCAUAGCAGCAGCGGAGCAUGACAGUACAACAGACGUGCUGAGUCACCUCGACGACCUGAACUCUGUCGAGCAAAAUGCGGACGAUCAGCAGAAUGUUCCAAUGGCCCGAUCGGUGAGAACGGGUCGGCACUCUUCACCAGAAGACCCGUCGGUUGUACUGGCAGAUGUGCAGGCGGUGGGUCCUAUAUUGAAGUCUUUUCUCCACAAGAUUUGCUAUCAAACCGAAGAAGGAGGAGUCUUUCCAGUUGAUGGACAAGCUCCGGCAAAGAAAAUGUCUGUUUGUGGUCUUCAGGUGUAA